UUUAAACUCGACUGCAUUUAAAGCAGAUAAACAGAAGAAGACUUGGUGGUUUAAAGUGCAGGUUUGUUUCCUGUGAUGUCCAGACUCUAGAAAACUUCAGCAGGAGGAGGGUCGACUCUGGAGGUCCACGCGGUCCGGUUUGGUCCGGGUCAGGAGCUGAUGGGGUCUCUACAGGCGUUCGUGGAGGAGAGGCGACUCCGAGCGCCGUUCAUCAUCACCUGUGUGGGAAGCGUUACCAAGGCAACGCUCCGGCUGGCCAACGCCACAGCAACAAACACAAACGAGGUGAUCCACCUCAGCGGGCGGUUCGAGAUCGUCUCUCUGGUCGGCACUCUGAACCGAGACGCCCACGUCCACAUCUGUCUGUCGGACGGCGAGGGCCGGACGGUCGGGGGUCACGUGAUCGGAGACCUGGAGGUGUUCACCACGGCCGAGGUGGUCGUCGGCAACGCGGUGGACCUGCAGUUCACCAGAGAGAUGGACGAUCGGACGGGUUUCCCCGAGCUCGUGGUUCAAACGCACAAAUCUGACAGUUGAAGGAGUAAAAACAGGUUCAACAGAAACAGUUGCUGUCGUUUAUUAUGUGGGAAAGAUUAUAUUUAUAUCAUGUUGUAAAAGGUUUCCACUGGGAGAAAUAAAAGAACAGACCGACCAUAGCGUAAAAGUACUUCACAACAAGUAAAAGUAAUUUCAAAUCUUACUUAUCGUUUUCCAAGAUGGCUCUGAUGUUUACAUGCACAUGAAUUUAUUGAAAUAUAAAAGUCCUCAGAGAUUCCUGCAGAAUUCAAAUACAUCGGCAUAACUGUCCGAAAAUACGUGAACAUAAAUGGAAUUGGUGACGAGAGGUGCCUGCGCAGAGCCCAAAGGAUAUUAAAAGACUAGAGAUACAGAAGAAUCAGCUGACGUAUCACCAGACUACAGCAGCAGUGUUUUGUUUUUCUUGUGUAGCAUUAAGGGACUACAACUCGUAUUUCUGUGUUGCAAAAUGACAAUAAACAAUAAACAAACAUAGAUAAAC